UCUCAGACCGGACUGCUGCUGCAAACACGGCUCAGACUUUCUGUCCGGAGCCCUCGGCCGAAUGUGAAAGUGUGUACCGGGCGAUGUUUCGAGGAGCAGUGGUGGUAAAAACAGCCGAGGAUGAAAACGUGGACUCCGGAGCUGAGACUGCCGAAUCCGACUGCAGCAGGAUGUCAUCAUCUGGCACUGAGCUCAUGACCAGGCGGGUCAGGCCGCAGCGGCACCAGCAGCUCCUGCUAUUGAACUUGCAUCUGCUGGCCAACCCUGGAGACUCUCUGCUGCUGCAGCACACCCUGGAUCGCUUGCUGCGCUGGCUCUGCCCAAGCCUCCGCAUCUUCCAUGUGUCGGAGAGGGCCUCCCCGUUCAGAAGUUACACUCGCCUCUGUCCUGUGGCAGGCUACCCUUCUCUGGCUAUCACUUUCUUCCUCCAUGAGGCCUAUGGAGAGGAACGAAUCCUCAAAGUGCUGGACUUCUUUCAAAGGCCUCCUUGGCAGUACCAUCACACCGAGAGCUGCGGCAACCGAACCGGAGGGAUCCAAAUUACCUCCAGUAACUCUUCCACGAACGCCCUGCUGCGGCCUUACCUCCUGCCCAGCAGAGACUUCUACAGUUUGGGUGCAGGGAUGCCUGUGUGGGGUGUUCGACCAGUGCAUUGUGGAGGAGAAAUACUACGCGUGACAUUGUACAGUGGAUACGACAACUACGAGGACACCGUGCGGCUGUAUGAGACGGUGCUGCAGCGACAGGCAGAGGAGCAGAAGACAGGUUUCUGCUGGUUCACCCUCCACACAGAGCCAGGGUUGUGCCUUCAGCUGGCUUUAAAGCAGUUGUCACCAGGGGUUCGGGUGGAGCCAUGCAGCUCUGCGGUGCUGCAGUUUAGUGUCGAAGAAAUUGGCCAGCUGGUCCCGCUGCUGCCUAACCCCUGCACACCCAUCAGCACAACACGCUGGCAGACAGAAGACCUAGAUGGCAACAAGGUUCUCUUCCAGGUGAAAACCCCAGCUCAACCUCAGCGACCUCUGACCUGUGCUUUCCCCCUGACCUGCCCCAGCGUGUCCCCUCGUGGAAUGCAGCUCAGAAGCUCAGGACAGGGCCACAGCCUGUCGCCCUGCAGCCUCACUACUCCCCUGUCCUGGCAAACACAUAGGGAAGGUCACAAACCACGCAGUGACCCUCUCCUGGAGAAGCUUCAUGGAGGAGGAGGUGGAGCAGAGAGCCUGGGAUCAGGAAGCUGCUGUAGCACCCCUCCAGGCAGUUCCUGUUACUCAUCCCAGCGCAGCAGUCCCGCCCCACCCUCAACCUCUAAUCACCCUGACUCUCCCCUGCAUCCCUCCAUCACUCGUUCGCUCUCCCAUCUCCUUCUGGAAGAGAAGGAGGAGGAGCCGGAGACCAACGUGGACACAGGAGUCCUUGUCUCACCUCGCUCUGACACAGCAGUCAAAACAAUUACUCGCUCUUCUUCCAUAGACCUUUUGAUGACUUUCCGCUCUGAGAGACCUGCAGCCGUUGGGGCUUCAGCUGUUGAGGGUCUGGCCAAGGAGUUGAGUGAGUGUCUACCACAGAAACACACAAACCCUCGGGUCCCCUCCAGGACGUGGGGCUCAACUGGUUAUACAGAUGGAGCCAGGGAGGGCUGUGCCAGCAGGAUUGUGGCAGUAGGACAGAGCCCCUCUAGAGGGCCUGUGGUAGAGAAUAGGACUACUGCUGAACUGCUAACAGCAUGCACGAACAACGAGGAGCCAAUGGAUGAGUUCUUCAUUUAAAUUCCUGCCCCUGUGCCACUUGCUUUGGUA